AUGCAUUCUGGUAUGUCGAGUAUCACCAGUACUGGAACAAAUGUUAGGUUCCAUCAAACAGCUCGCAAUGUCUCUGCUCAACCUACGCUUGUCCCAGCUGGAAGUAUGUCUACACUCUUACAACCCCUUGGCGAUCAGGGGAAGCUAACAAUAAGUGCAUUGGCUCAACUGUCAGAGGAGGACCAGAAAAGGACACUCGGGGAACAUCUUUAUCCACGUGUCAAGGCAAUGUAUCCUAACUUAGCCAACAAGCUUACGGGAAUGCUUUUAGGAGUAGAUAACGCAGAGGUUAUAAAUCUUUUAGAAUCUGAAGAACUGCUACGCGCUAAGUGUGAAGAAGGCAUUAAUGUACUGAGAAGCAGCCAAAAUCAACAAGGCGACAUUGCGGAAGGUAGACAUACUUCCACAGGCCAGAAUGGUGAUGGCUCAACUGGAACAGGGUCUAUAAAACCUGAAGAUUCCAAUAACUAA